UUGUAAAUGUUGGUUGGAUAAUGAUAUUGAAAUUUUAGUUUGUUGGAUUUUGAUAUAUGUCUUGAAUUUGUUAGAUAUUGAUUAUGUUUUAAGCUUGUUGGAUAUUGAAUUUAUUAUUAUGUUUUAAGCUUGUUGGAUAUUGAAAUGGUUGAAUUUAUUUUGUAGAAUGGGUAAGGGCAACAAAGAAGGGACCUCCAAGCAAUUCAGGUGGACAAAACCGAUGGAACAUGUUUUCCUUGAAAUUCUAGCAGAGGAGGCUCGAAAAGGAAAUAAACCUUCUAAUACUUUCAGAGCAGUUUCUAUUAAUCGAGAUGUUGACGCCAUUUCAGAAAGAUUCCAAGUCCAAUGCGAUGCGAAGCAUGUGGAAAAUCAUUUGAGGACAGUAAAAAACCAGUGGCAGAUUAUAUGCAAAAUUCGAGGUGAAAGUGGUUUUGGAUGGGAUGAUAACAUGAAAAUGAUCACAUGUGAUAGAGCGACAUAUGAUGCAACAGUGAUGGCACACAAGAAGUAUGAACCAUUUUUGAAUAAAAGCAUUAAUCAUUAUGAUGAAAUGGCUGUGGUUGUUGGCAAAGAUAUGGCAACAGGGAGUUUUGCCAGAACAUUUGCUGACAUAGAUUUGGAUGAUGGUAAUGAAGAUUCAAUGCCUGUAGACUGCAACAAUGAAGAGGCUGGAGAGGGAGUCAUGAAUCAGAGGCCAAACUUUUUUUAG